GAGACCUGGGUGCUGGGCAUCCUCGCUAGAUCCCCUACAAAUUCCCCACAUAUGUAGCCCAGGGGUCUCAGCAGGGCCUCUGCCGGCUCAUCUGGUGAGACGGUACCAGCUUGCUCAGAACAGGGGCUGGCUGUUCAUCAUCUCAGGGCAUAGAGACCCUCUCCUUGCCACCUGGCCCUUCCCACCUGGUUGGUGACAAAUCACAAGGUGGUAGAAGUUGCCAGGCACAGAUUAACAUGGCAGCCAGCGGGAAGACCAGCAAGUCCGAACCGAACCAAGUUAUCUUCAAGAAGAUCUCCCGGGACAAAUCGGUGACCAUCUACCUAGGGAAGAGAGACUACAUAGACCACAUCAGCAAAGUCCAGCCUGUGGAUGGUGUUGUGUUGGUGGAUCCUGAUCUCCUGAAGGGAAAGAAAGUGUACGUCACUCUGACCUGCGCCUUCCGCUAUGGCCAGGAGGACAUUGACGUGAUCGGCCUGUCCUUCCGCAGGGACCUGUACUUCUCCCGGGUCCAGGUGUACCCUCCCGUGGGGGCUGCGAGCACCCCCACAAAACUGCAAGAGAGCCUGCUGAAAAAGCUGGGGAGCAACACGUACCCCUUUCUGCUCACGUUUCCUGACUACUUGCCCUGUUCAGUGAUGUUGCAGCCAGCUCCACAAGACACAGGGAAGUCCUGUGGGGUUGACUUCGAGGUCAAAGCAUUUGCCACAGACAGUGCCGAUACCGAAGAGGACAAAAUCCCCAAGAAGAGCUCCGUGCGAUUGCUGAUCCGCAAAGUACAGCAUGCCCCACUUGAGAUGGGUCCCCAGCCCCGAGCCGAGGCGGCCUGGCAGUUCUUCAUGUCUGACAAGCCCCUCCACCUUGCCGUCUCUCUCGGCAAAGAGAUCUAUUUCCAUGGGGAGCCCAUCCCUGUGACCGUGACUGUCACCAACAACACGGAGAAGACAGUGAAGAAGAUUAAAGCAUUCGUGGAACAGGUGGCCAAUGUGGUUCUCUACUCGAGUGAUUAUUACGUCAAGCCCGUGGCCAUGGAGGAAGCACAAGAGAAAGUGCCACCAAACAGCAGUUUGACCAAGACGCUGACGCUGCUGCCCUUGCUGGCUAACAACCGAGAAAGGAGAGGUAUUGCCCUGGAUGGGAAGAUCAAGCACGAGGACACGAACCUUGCCUCUAGCACCAUCAUUAAGGAGGGCAUAGACCGGACUGUCCUGGGGAUCCUGGUGUCUUACCAGAUCAAGGUGAAGCUCACGGUGUCAGGCUUUCUGGGAGAGCUCACCUCCAGUGAAGUUGCCACGGAGGUCCCGUUCCGCCUCAUGCACCCUCAGCCUGAGGACCUAGCUAAGGACAGUUAUCAGGAUGCAAAUUUAGUUUUUGAGGAGUUUGCUCGCCAGAAUCUGAAAGAUGCAGAAGCUGAGGAGGGGAAGAGAGACAAGAAUGACGAUGAUGAGUGAAGACGUCGGCUCAGGGUGCCGGGAAAUGGCCCGUAGUUAACAGUGCAAUGAGCAAAGCCCCACAGUUUAGUCCUUUGGAGUUAUGCUAAGUACGAAAGGAUGAGUCUUAUUCCGGGAAAUAAAGCUUGUCUGUUCUCCCCUGG